AUGUGGCGAGUCUGUGCUCGACGGGCACGGAAUGUGGCCCCAAGGGCAGGAUUCGGGGCUCGGUGGACCGCCUUGCGGGAGGACCCGGGAGCUCCGUGCGUGACCCCGCGGGCUGGCGCGGCUCCGGCUCGUUGCAGCAGCGGGACCGCGGGGUAUGGCAGGGUCCGCGCCCUCUGCGGGUGGAGCCCCAGCUCGUGGGCCACACCGAGGAAUCGCUUCACGCUGCAGCUUUUGGGAUCGCCUAGCCGCCGCUGUUACAGCCUGCCCCCGCAUCAGAAGGUUCCAUUGCCCUCUCUUUCCCCCACAAUGCAGGCAGGCACCAUAGCCCGUUGGGAAAAAAAGGAAGGGGAAAAAAUCAAUGAGGGUGAACUAAUUGCAGAGGUCGAAACUGAUAAGGCCACUGUUGGAUUUGAGAGCCUGGAGGAGUGUUACAUGGCAAAGAUACUUGUGGCUGAAGGUACCAGAGAUGUUCCAGUUGGAGCAAUCAUCUGCAUCACAGUUGAGAAGCCUGAGGAUAUUGAGGCCUUUAAAAAUUACACACUGGAUUCCGCAGCAGCACCUACCCCGCAAGCAGCCGCAGCACCAACCCCCGCUGCCCCUGCUUCACCACCCACACCUUCUGCUCAGGCUCCUGGUAGCUCCUAUCCCACUCACAUGCAGGUGGUUCUUCCUGCCCUCUCUCCCACCAUGACCAUGGGCACAGUUCAGAGAUGGGAAAAAAAAGUGGGUGAGAAGCUAAGUGAAGGAGAUUUAUUGGCAGAGAUAGAGACUGACAAGGCCACUAUAGGUUUUGAAGUACAGGAAGAGGGUUACCUGGCAAAAAUCCUGAUCCCUGAAGGCACAAGAGAUGUCCCUCUAGGAACCCCACUCUGUAUCAUUGUAGAAAAAGAGGAAGAUAUACCAGCAUUUGCUGACUAUAGGCCAACUGAAGUAACUGAUUUAAAACCACAAGCACCACCAUCUCCUCCACCCCCGGUGGCCCCUGUUCCUCCAACUCCCCAACCUGUAGCCCCUACACCUUCAGCCACCCGCCCUACUACUCCUGCUGGACCAAAGGGAAAGUUGUUCGUUAGUCCUCUUGCAAAGAAAUUGGCAGCAGAGAAAGGGAUUGACCUUACACAGGUAAAAGGGACGGGACCAGAAGGCAGAAUCAUCAAGAAGGAUAUCGACUCUUUUGUGCCUACUAAAGCUGCUCCUGCUCCAGCAGCUGCUGUGCCUGCCCCGGGUCCAGGAGUGGCACCCGUUCCCACAGGUGUCUUCACAGAUGUCCCAGUCAGCAACAUUCGUCGCGUUAUUGCACAGCGGUUAAUGCAGUCUAAGCAAACCAUACCUCAUUAUUACCUUUCCAUUGACGUAAAUAUGGGAGAAGUUUUGUUGGUACGGAAAGAACUUAAUAAGAUGUUAGAAGGGAGAAGCAAAAUUUCUGUCAAUGACUUCAUCAUAAAAGCUUCAGCUUUGGCAUGUUUAAAAGUUCCUGAAGCCAAUUCUUCUUGGCUGGACACAGUUAUAAGACAAAAUCAUGUAGUCGAUAUCAGUGUUGCAGUCAGCACUCCUGCAGGACUCAUUACACCUAUUGUAUUUAAUGCACAUAUAAAAGGACUGGAAGCCAUUGCUAAUGAUGUUGUUUCUUUAGCAACCAAAGCACGAGAGGGUAAACUCCAGCCUCAUGAGUUCCAGGGUGGUACUUUUACAAUAUCUAAUUUAGGGAUGUUUGGAAUUAAGAACUUCUCUGCUAUUAUUAACCCACCUCAAGCAUGUAUUUUGGCGAUUGGUGCUUCAGAGGAUAGACUGGUUCCAGCAGAUAAUGAAAAAGGAUUUGAUGUGGCUAGCAUGAUGUCUGUUACACUCAGUUGUGACCAUCGGGUUGUGGAUGGAGCAGUUGGAGCCCAGUGGCUUGCUGAGUUUAGAAAGUACCUUGAAAAACCUAUCACCAUGUUGUUAUAA